AUGCGUGGACCUUAUGUUAUUUUAUCUCCUAUCACUAAAAGUCACCCCUUCGACGAGAGAAAAGCCAAAGUAGGGCCCGAUGAUGAUCCAUUGAAGAUCGGAAGAGCUGUAGCGAGAUUGAAACCAAGCCAUGACAAUGCCAUAUUCGAUUGUAAAGUACUAUCAAGAAACCAUGCCAUCAUGUGGUAUAGCAACGGCGGAUUUUAUCUGCGAGAUACUAGAUCGAGCAACGGAACAUUUGUAAAUAACGAACGCUUAGCUGUAACAGGUGAAGAAUCAGAGGCAAGACGAAUUUACACGAGAGAUAUUGUUCAGUUCGGUGUUGAAAUUGUAGAAAACACCAACAAAGUUGCUCAUGGUUGCAUCUAUGCUUCCAUUCAGUUAUUCGAUGCGGAUGGAGAAAUAGUGGAGAACUUAGCAACGUUAUCAAACGGCGCAAACUCUUCACAAGAAGUUUUGUCAUCAUCUCUUCUCAACAGUUAUCAGUUAUUUCAACUCCAGCAGUAUGUAUCAGAAGCCGCUUACAGAGAAGAAGCCACACAGAAAAAACUUAAAGAACUCGAGAGUUUGUUGUGCUCUACGGAAGUACUGAUGUCAUCAGCUCAAAAAGCUGUCGUAAACGAAGAUAGACUUCUAUCAAGGAUUGAAACUCUUGAAGCUCAAUUGUCCGUCUAUAGCAAAACACCCGUCGAUAAAAUUAAAGAAGAAAUGCUCACUUUAAUAGAGGAUAAGGCUAAAUUCGAGGCUAUGUGCAAAGAUUCUCUGCGUAGAACUCAAGAAGAAAGAGUUGAAUAUGAACUAAGGCUAUCGGAUAUUGAUAGAAGUUUGGUGACAACUGAAGAAGAGUGUGUUCGUUUGAGAGAUAAGCUCGUGGUCACUGAAAAAGAACUUCGCGAAACUGUAAGAGCUUUCGAUAAUCUUCAGCACGAACACAGUAUGGCUAAGUCUGCUAUGGAUGAAAUGGAACGUCAUUACUUUAAUACUAAAGAGGAGCUACGUGCCGCUGAAGCAUUAGCUGAUGAAGCCUUAGUUGAGAGAGCUUUUCCCAUUUUGGUGGAUCAUCUACAGGAGUCUAUCCGGAACGAUAAACACUUGGGACACGAAGAAUCUCUUUCUUACCUUAUCGAACUACUCAAAUAUAAUGUUGGAGUUCAGGAAAGUGUGCCGGAGCCCCCUUGCCCGAAUGAAGAAGAAGCUGUACCUGAGAGAAAAAUUAAGGAAGAGGAAACUGAGGGUAUGAAUGAGAAAAGUGCAGUCGAAGCACAAAUGGAAGCUACUCUGAAAGAAAACCUCGCUCUUCAAGUUCGCAACAAGGAAUUAGAAGCUCAACUGUUUUUGUUCGAAAAGGAACCACAGAAGCUCGAAUUCGUAAAUGCUAAGUCAAUAUCUUCUUUCAAUUCCGAUAGGCCGAGACUUCUUGAGGAUGUAUUGAUACCUUCGGUUUUACUGUUCUCUCUCGCUCCACUUCUUGCAGCCUUUUUAUGUAUAUUUGUUCCUUUGCACAGACGUUUUUUAGAACCUAAAAAGUUGGAGUAA